GGUGAGGAGACCAAACAGAAGAAGAGGACAGACUUGACCAUAGGAGCUGGUGUUUUGCUGCUGAUUCUGCCUUCAGCUUUGUAAAUGAAACAAUUAAUGUCAGACUGUGUAAUCCGGCUGGUGUGAAGAACAGUGAACAAGGCUGUCAGUCAAGACCUGUCACCAUGCAGAGAAUUCCUGUGUUGAUCCUUGUUGCCUGCUGUGCUCUCACAGCACUGUCAUUGGCCAAUGACACAAAUGGAUCCAAACUACCUUCUACUAUGAGUUCUGCAGAGGCAUUUGAUCAAUCCAAUAAAACCACAACUCUAAAACCCACAACCCAUAAACCCACGACUCCAAAACCCACAACCCAUAAACCCACGACUCCAAAACCCACAACCCAUAAACCCACGACUCCAAAACCCACAACCCAUAAACCCACGACUCCAAAACCCACAACCCAUAAACCCACGACUCCAAAACCCACAACCCAUAAUACCACGACUCCAAAACCCACAACCCAUAAAUCCACGACUCCAAAACCCACAACCCAUAGCACCACGACUCCUAAAACCACUCCCACAACACCUCAUCCUACUCCAGCUACCAAUCUGACUGUAGGAAACUACAGUUUGAAGACAGACAAAGGAGUGGUUUGCCUAAUGGCUCAGAUGGCGCUACAGAUCAAACUUUCAACACAGACGGUCAAUGGAACCUUCAUUAUCAUCCCAAGCCAAACUACUGCAGCUGGUGAAUGCAAGGAAACCAAAGCCAACUUGACCCUUUCCUUUAAAGAGGGCUUCAUCACCUUCCUCUUCAAUAAGAAUGUUUCUGAUAACACUGCCUAUCUUAAUGCUGUGUCUUUCAGUCUGCUCUACCCCUUUUCAGUUUCAGGAAAUCAGAAAUAUAGUGCCGAGAAUGACUCGGUGCAACUGUUUGCGGCAAAGAUCGGACACUCCUACUCCUGCAAGGAUGAAUCUGUCUUCAUGGGAAACGGACUGAGCCUAGAAGUCUCUAACAACAGAAUGCAAGCCUUCAAUGUCACUAAGAAUGAGUUUGGCCGUCCUGACCUCUGCCCAGCGGACCAGCCUGACUACAGUGUUGCCAUCGCAGUGGGAGUGACUCUGCUGGUGCUCAUUGUCAUUGUGCUGAUAGUGUACCUGCUGGGCCGCAGAAAGAGGACAGCUGGCUACCAGUCGCUCUGAGGACUGACAGGCCAUAGGUCUAAAACAAGUGACCUUCUGAAUGAGGGAUUGUGGGUAAAGAGGCACUUCCACUGAGCCACUUUCCAUCACAUUUUACUAAACCUAUUUGUUGCUGUUUUUAUGAUGUAUUACUAUUGAUAACAUUUGAACCAGAGAUAUACAAUACAACCUUAAACACACAGCCCAAAAAAUAACACACAGUUAAUUAUAGACUCUUUAAUGAAUCCAUAUAGAUAACUUUAAUACGUUUUUACAUACAACCACACAAAGUUACACAAGUUUGAGCCCAAAUGUCAUCAAAUUGAAAAUGUACAACUUUAUGGGACACUAAAUUCUCUUUUAACUGACACUGUCAUAAAAACUGACUGAGAAGUCAAAGUAAAAGACUCCAAUUAUCAUUCUUGUUUUGCUAAAAAAACAGAUCAAUAAGGGAUUCAUUAAAUUCUUGGAUGUAACAUUAACGCUCUUUUUCGCUGUCCUUAGCAUUAUACCUUUAAUGUUCAGUGGAACUUAUUAGACUUUAAGCCAAAACUUACAACCAGGUUUAGUGAGCAUAUUCCUGAUUAACUGUCUCCUUAUAUCUGUUGAUUUUUUUAAAAGGUAGCUUCUUGUUUGUAAUCAUCGGGCAUACAGAACAUAAGUGGGUUGAUUUACACUUGUGAAAUUAAUAACUAACAUAAAAGGGAAAACUGAAAGGGAUUAUUUUGAUGUUAAUUGCACUGAUUGCUCUUCAUUUGUCUUCCAUGGACUACAUGUUAUACUGUCCUUUCAUUUAAAUGUUGUGACUAAUCUUAAAGAGCAUAACCUGCUGUAUAACCUUAUCUUUCUUUUAAAAUUGUAACUUGUAAUGUUAAAAAAAAGAGUUUUUAGGAUGACAUGAAGUUAGUGAAUGAGACUGCACUCACCAUUUUACAAGUAGUAAAUAUCUGCUAAUAUCUAAUAGCUAAUAUCUGGUGCUGCUCCCUCCUCCACACCCAGGCCAAAGCAGAGCAGGAAGUGUUGGACUGUUGAAGCCUGAGCCAGUCUGAAUCCAAUCAAACAAACGCUUCCAUGCAGUCAGACAUGUCAUUUUAUAAACUUCACAUCCAUUUUUUUAUACCAAGAGUAAGUGUUUAAUUUGUAUAUGAUUUUUAUUUGGUUGUGUGUUUACCCCAGAAUGCCAAUUAUUGCAUAUUUGAUCUAGGUUUUUGUUCAAUUUGUUUUUGGCUUUAGAAACAGUUACAUUUUACUCUGAUGAAAGUUUUUCAUAUAGACACAUCGUGUUUUGUUCCAAAUUAUUGAUCACAACAGAAAAUAUUACACAGCAGAAAAUGUAUUCCUAAUAUGCUGACGUGAGGCAGCAUAUUAGGAAUAUUAUCUCCGUCAGCUGAUGUAUCAUUGGCUUUCUACUGUUGUUGCAUCAAAUGAAGAAGAUUCUAAGUGCAAUUGUAAAAAUUUACCAACAAACUCUGAAGGGAAUUUCUUCCAAGGGACCAUUCCAAUUGUCAUUCAUUUAAAAAGGGAAUAAUCAAACAAAUUUAAAAAAUCAUCUGAAUAAAAGGCAUUUAUAAUUUUGAAUCAAAUGCUUUCUGAUUUUUUCUUGUGGGAUUCAAGAAAGUCCCUUGGUGUCUUUUCUAAAAUGUGUUUUAUUUUAAGCCAUGUUAUUCUCAACUUCACUGAGAAUAUUUGAAUUGUUACAUAAAAUAGAAAUCUGGCAUGCUGUGGUUUGGGAAAAUGUACGUUCUUCUUGUAAACAUCUUGAUAUUGUAUUGUUAAUGUCCUCCAGAUCCUGAAGUUGAUGCACUGUGAUGCAGUUAUGUGUACAGAUCCCCACUGGAUUUACAGUAUAAUGUCAUCAAAACAGUGACAUGUUUGGAUUGAUUGUGUAUUUGAUGCAUAUGAACUGUAUUAUCAGUUGCUGCCUUCCUUUGAAAAAUAAAAACAAAUAUUGAAGGAC